GUGACAAACGGAAUGUUCAGUGCUACGAGAAAGAAGUUUGUAGAGGGGGUCGAAAGCGACUACCCUGAUGAGGGCAUGUACUACAGCCAGCCGUCGAUGUUCUCACAUAGGUCGGACAAAGACUUAAGCGCUCUUUCUGCUCGAUCACACGUCCCUAGUACAGCUCCCUUUGAACUUGAAGUGAGUACAUAACAUUUUCACACGUUUCUUCUAUUAUUUAAAUCUGUUGAUGCGUAUUUGUCAUAUUUAGUGAGAUUUAGGCUAAUCCAUUAUCCUACACUCCCCUCCGUAUUUAUUUGGAUUUAGAAGCUAAAACUUUUAAUUUGGCUCUAUACUCCAGCAUUUUGGAUUUGAGAUUAAAUGUUUCAUAUGAGGCGACAGUACAGAUGUCACCUUUGAUUUGAGAAUAUUUUCAUACAUAUCUGUUUUACCGUUUAGUAGGGCUGGGAAUUGCCAGGGACCUUACGAUAUGAUAUUAUCACGAUAAUUUGGUGCCGGUUACGAUAUGUGUUACGAUUCUAUAUGUAUUGCGAUUCGUUACUGUGAUUUUAUUGCGAUUUGAUGUUCCAAACAUAUUGCUCACCAUACUGUAUGUCUGCUGCAGAUGGAUAAAAGAGCCAUGAGAAAACGAGUUUUGAUCAGUCAUGGAAAUAAAAGUGCUGAAAACAAAUUGACUCCCUAUUUAAAAAGAAGAUGGAGAACAAGCUAUGAAAGGAAAAUACUGGAGUUUGGGUGCAGGUACAGCCAACUAGCGCAAAAAAUUAUAUUUCGAUAUUGUCAAUAUGAUACGAUACGCUAUAUCGUCAAAAAUAAUAAUAUGUAACUGCAUCGAUUCCUCCUCCCCCCAUAGUCAUUUUACAUUUAUAUUUUAGUCAUUUAGCAGACGCUCUUAUCCAGAGCGACUUACAGGAGCAAUUAGGGUUAAGUGCCUUGCUCAAGGGCACAUCGACAGAUUUUUAACUUAGUCGGCUUGGGGAUUAGAACCAGCGACCUUUCGGUUACUGGCACAACGCUCUUAACCACAAAGCUACCUGCCGCCCUAGGUCCUAGUACGCAAUGACUACAUCAAGCUUGUGACUGUACAAACUUGUUGGUGCAUUUGCAGUUUGUUUUGGUUGUGAUUCAGAUUAUUUUGUGCCCAAUAGAAAUUAAUGGUAAAUAAUGUAUUAUGUAAUUUCAGAGUCACGUUUAUUCUAAAUAAGAUUAGAAUAUGUUUAUGAACACUUCUACAUUCAUGUGGAUGCUACCAUGUUUACGGAUAAUGAAUGAAUCGUGAAUAAUGAUGAGUGAAAAAGUUAGAGGCACAAAGAUCAUACUCCCAAAACAUUCUAACCUCUCACCAAUAACAGGGGAGGCUAGCAUUUUGUAGGGGGUAUGAUAUUUAUGCUUUCUCACUCAUCAUUAUUCAAGAUUCAGUCAUGAUUAUCCAUAAUCGUGGUAGCAUCCACAAUGUAGAAGUGUUUACAAACAUAUUAUAUUCUUAUUUACAAUAAAAUAGACUCCAAAAUGACAUAAUACAUUAUUUACUAUAAAUCUUUAUUAGGCACAACAUACAGUUUUUUUGUCACUGGCCUACACACAAUACCCCAUAAUGUCAAAGUGGAAUUAUGUUUUUUGAAAUUUUACAAAGUCAUAAAAAAUGAAAAGCUUAAAUAUCUUGAGUCAAUAAGUAUUCAACCCCUUUGUUAUGGCAAGACUAAAUAAGUUCCGGAGUAAAAAUGUGCUUAACAAGUCACAUAAGAUGCAUGGACUCACUCACUGUGUGCAAUAAUAGUGUUUAACAUGAUUUUUGACUAUCUCAUCUCUGUACCCCACACAAACAAUUAUCUGUAAGGUCCCUCAGUUGAGCAGUGAAUUUCAAACACAGAUUCAACCACAAAGACCAGGGAGGUUUUUCAAUGCCUCGCAAGGAAGGGCACCUAUUGGAAGAUGGGUAAAAAAAUAAAAAUAUAUAUAUUUGGAUGGUGUAUCAAUACACCCAGUCACUACAAAGAUACAGGCGUCAUUCCUAACUCAGAUGCCGGAGAGGAAGGAAACCACUCAGGGAUUUCACCAUGAGGUCAAUGGUGACUUUAAAACAGUUACAGAGUUUAAUGGCUGUGAUAGGAGAAAACUGAGGAUGGAUCAACAACAUUGUAGUUACUCCACAAUACUAACCUAAUUGACAGAGUGAAAAGAAGGAAGCCUGUACAGAAAAAAAAAUAUUCCAAAAUAUGCGUCCUGUUUGCAACACUAAAGUAAUACUGCUAAAAAUGUGGCAAAGCAAAUAGAGCUGUCCCUGACUAAAAAAAACUUGGUUGACAGUCGUCUGUGUAUUUUUCAAACGUGUAUUUUUCAAUAUUUAUACACACCCUAUGUGUUUGAAUAAAAUCAACUAUAUGCACUGAGCUUGUCUGACACGUUAAGUGCACUGUUUGAUUAAAUAAUUAAGACACACAAAUGUCUCGAGGGAGCCCGAUGGCCACACUGUGCAAAAAAAUAAUGACAUUGUGUGCCAGUGUGAGAGGUGUACGUUGUCUCUCUCCUCCCUGAUUGCAGUGAAAGAGCUCCAAACCACAGCGUGUUUAUCGCGCUGUUUGUGCUGAAGCUGCAACAUAAUUUCAGCCAUUUCAUUUCUUACUUGUUUCUCUGACUGAAAAGUUCUGCUACCGAAAUCCCUAAUUUGUUUAGGAAAAACCGUCCCCCAACCCUUGCUCUCUUUAUGUGAAACAUAUAAGCAUCGCCUGCAUGUGACCAAUAGGGCCUGACCUAUAGCCUAUCAUAAUCACAUCAAUAAAUUGGUUAUAACAAACUCUGAACACCGUAACACCUGACAGCAAAAUGGAUGUGGAGGACGUGAACAAUAAACUCGAAACGGGCUAAUGUUUACUGGUUGCUCAGGAGGGAAAGGGGAAGUCAGAUCUGUGGAAGACAUUUGACUUACACUGAACAAAAAUAAACUUAACAUGCAACAAUUUCAAAGAUUUUACUGAGUUACAGUUCAUAUAAGGAAAUCAGUCAAUUGAAAUGAAUUCAUUAGGCCCUAAUCUAUAGAUUUCACAUGAAUGAGAAUACAGAUAUGCAUCUGUUGGUCACAGAUACCUUUUUAAAAAGGUAGGGGCGUGGAUCAGAAUACCCAUUAGUAUCUGGUGUGACCACCAUUUGCCUCAUGCAGCACAACACAUCUCCUUCGCAUAGAAACAGGCUGUUGAUUGUGGCCUGUGGAAUGUUGUCCCACUCUUCAAUGGCUGUGCAAAGUUCUUGGAUAUUGGCGGGAACUGGAACAAGCUGUCGUACACGUCGUUCCAGAGCAUCCCAAAUAUGCUCAAUGGAUGACAUGUCUUGUGAGUAUGAAGGCCAUGGAAGAGCACACUUCUCCAGUGUGCCAGUGGCCAUAGAAGGUGAGCAUUUGCCCACUGAAGUCGGUUAUGACGCCGAACUGCAGUCAGGUCAAGACCCUGGUGAGGACAACGAGCACGCAGAUGAGCUUCCCCGAGACGGUUUCUGUCAGUUUGUGCAGAAAUUCUUAAGUUGUGCAAACCCACAGUUUCAUCAGCUGUCCGGGUGGCUGGUCUCAGACGAUUCCCGCAGGUGAAGAAGCCGGAUGUGGAGGUACUGGCUGGCGUGGUUACACAUUCUCUAAAACGACAUUGAAGGCAGCUUAUGGUAGAGAAACUAACAUUAAAUUAUCUGGCAACAGCUCUGGUGGACAUUCCUGUAGUCAGCAUCCCAAUUGCACGCUCCCUCAACUUGAGACAUCUGUGACAUUGUGUUGUGUGAGACAACUGCACAUUUUAAAGUGGCCUUUUAUUGUCCCCAGCACAAGGUGCACCUGUGUAAUGAUCAUGCUGUUUAAUCAGCUUCUUGAUAUGCCACACCUGUCAGGUGGAUGGAUUAUCUAAGUAAAGGAGAAAUGCUCACUAACAAAGAUGUAAACAAAUUUGUGCACAAUAUUUGAGAGGAAUAAUGUUUUUGUGCGUAUGGAAAAUUUCUGGGAUCUUUUAUUUCAGCUCAUGAAACGUGACCAACACUUUACAUGUUGCGUUUAUAUUUUUGUUCAGUGUGGUUGUGGAAACUACUGGGAGGGCAUAGGAGCAAGCGUUUUGUCAGUAUUAUGUGUGCCAAACAGGUGCUGUUAGAUUACAAUAUUAUUUUUACUGACCAUUUGAAACAGUGUAAAUAACACUAAAUACAUUCUAAGUGUACCAGAAAGUGAGUGCUAACGGUAAAAUAUAUAUAAAUCCUUUAUUACAGCUGACUAAAAACAGUUGCAUACAUUAGUGAAUUGAGGUUUAUUUAUUGUUUAAUUAUUUAAUGCUCCCUUCAUUAUUGAAUAAAAAAUAAAAUGCUUGAUUGCAUUUCAAAGCAUGAAUAACUCGUAUGCUGUGAUGACAUGAACAAAUGAAUGAUUGAUACAGUAGCAUAUACAGUAUAUUGAAAUAUAGGCCUAACUAAGUUACGGUAUUAAGACUAAACAGGACGCAUGCUUAGGCCUACAGCUCGAUGGUGGUUAUACAAGGCUACUAAGCUACUACACGAAGGCUACUAAUGAUAAUUACAUUACUUAUUAUAAUGAUGAUCAUAAUAAUAAUUGUAAUAACAAUAAGAGAUCAAGAAAAAGGAGGGUAUAGGAGCGAGAGCUGUGUAACAUAUUAUUUGUGACAAACAGGUGCUGUUAGAUUACAAUAUUAUUUUUCUGCCCGUUUGGAACAGUGGAAACAACACAAAAUAAAUUAUAUGUAAUAGCAGCGAUCCUGUGAAAAAAAAAAGUGUAAAGCCUUUUAAUACAGCAUAGCAAAUAAUAAAAACAGACGAAUUUGUGAAAUUGGUUUAUGCAACAUUUUGCAGUUGCGUGAGGCUUGGUGCUCAUGGAAUCAGUAGGCUAUUAAACAAACACUUAAACAGGCAACAGAAGCAGGAUCUGUCUUAUUUUGUAGAUACAGUGCAUUCGGAAAGUAUUCAGACCCCUUGACUUUUUCCACAUUUUGUUACGUUACAGCUUAUUCUAAAAUGUAUUAAAUUAUUUUUUUCCCUCAAAAAUCUACAUACAAUACCCCAUAAUGACAAAGCAAAAACUGUUUUUUAGACAUUUUUACAAAUGUAUAUAAAAAAAAACCGGAAAUACCUUAUUUACAUAAGUAUUCAGACCCUUUGCUAUGAGACUCGAAAUUGAGCUCAGGUGCAUCCUGUUUCCAUUGAUCAUCCUUGAGAUGUUUCUACAACUUGAUUGAUAGUCCACCUGUGGUAAAUUCAAUUGGUUGGAUAUGAUUUGGAAAGGCACACACCUGUCUAUAUACAGUGGGGGAAAAAAGUAUUUAGUCAGCCACCAAUUGUGCAAGUUCUCCCACUUAAAAAGAUGAGAGAGGCCUGUAAUUUUCAUCAUAGGUACACGUCAACUAUGACAGACAAAAUUAGAAUUUUUUUCUCCAGAAAAUCACAUUGUAGGAUUUUUAAUAAUAAUAAUAAUAUGCCAUUUAGCAGACGCUUUUACCAAAGCGACUUACAGUCAUGCGUGCAUACAUUAUUGUGUAUGGGUGGUCCCGGGGAUCGAACCCACUAUCUUGGCGUUACAAGCGCCGUGCUCUACCAGCUGAGCUACAGAGGACCAUAAUUAUUUGCAAAUUAUGGUGGAAAAUAAGUAUUUGGUCAAUAACAAAAGUUUCUCAAUACUUUGUUAUAUACCCUUUGUUGGCAAUGACACAGGUCAAACAUUUUCUGUAAGUCUUCACAAGGUUUUCACACACUGUUGCUGGUAUUUUGGCCCAUUCCUCCAUGCAGAUCUCCUCUAGAGCAGUGAUGUUUUGGGGCUGUCGCUGGGCAACACGGACUUUCAACUCCCUCCAAAGAUUUUCUAUGGGGUUGAGAUCUGGAGACUGGCUAGGCCACUCCAGGACCUUGAAAUGCUUCUUACGAAGCCACUCCUUCGUUGCCCGGGCAGUGUGUUUGGGAUCAUUGUCAUGCUGAAAGACCCAGCCACGUUUCAUCUUCAAUGCCCUUGCUGAUGGAAGGAGGUUUUCACUCAAAAUCUCACGAUACAUGGCCCCAUUCAUUCUUUCCUUUACACGGAUCAGUCGUCCUGGUCCCUUUGCAGAAAAACAGCCCCAAAGCAUGAUGUUUCCACCCCCAUGUUUCACAGUAGGUAUGGUGUUCUUUGGAUGCAACUCAGCAUUCUUUGUCCUCCAAACACGACGAGUUGAGUUUUUACCAAAAAGUUAUAUUUUGGUUUCAUCUGACCAUAUGACAUUCUCCCAAUCCUCUUCUGGAUCAUCCAAAUGCACUCUAGCAAACUUCAGACAGGCCUGGACAUGGAGAACUUGCACAAUUGGUGGCUGACUAAAUACUUUUCCCCCCACUGUAAGGUCCCACAGUUGACAGUGCAUGUCAGAGAAAACACCAAGCCAUGAGGUCGAAGGAAUUGUCAGAAGAGCUCCGAGACAGGAUUGUGGGAGGCACAGAUCUGGGGAAGGGUACCAACAAAUGUCUGCAGCAUUGAAGGUCCCCACGAACACAGUGGCCUCCAUCAUUCUUAAAUGGAAGAAGUUUGGAACCACCAAGACUGGCCGCCCGGUCAAACUGAGCAAUCGGGGGAGAAGGGCCUUGGUCAGGCAGGUGACCAAGAACCCAAUGGUCACUCUGACAGAGCUCCAGAGUUCCUCUGUGGAGAUUGGAGAAACUUCAAGAAGGACAACCAUCUCUGCAGCACUCUACCAAUCAGGCCUUUUUGGUAGAGUGGCCAGACGGAAGCCACUCCUCAGUAAAAGGCACAUGACAGCCCGCUUGGAGUUUGCCAAAAGGCACCUAAAGACUCUCAGACCAUGAGAAACAAGAUUAUCUGGUCUGAAACCAAGAUUGAACUCUUUGGCCUGAAUGCCAAGUGUCACGUCUGGAGGAAACCUGGCACCAUCCCUACGGUGAAACAUGGUGGUGGCAGCAUCAUGCUGUGGGGAUGUUUUUCAGUGGCAGGGACUGGGAGACUAGUCAGGAUCGAGGGAAAGAGGAACGGAGUAAAGUACAGAGAGAUCCUUAAUGAAAACCUGCUCCAGAGUGCUCAGGACUUCAGACUGGGGCGAAGGUUCACCUUCCAACAGGACAACAACCCUAAGCACUCAGCCAAGACAACGCGGGAGUGGCUUCGGGACAAGUCUUUGAAUGUCCUUGAGUAGUCCAGCCAGAGCCCGGACUUGAACCCGAUCGAACAUCUCUGGAGAGACCUGAAAAUAGCUGUGCAGGGACACUCCCCAUCCAAUCUGACAGAUCUUGAGAGGAUCUGCAGAGAAGAAUGUGAGAAACUCUAGACCACCUUUACUCCACACACAGAGACGCAUACAAAGCUCUCCCUCGCCCUCCAUUUGGAUAAUCUGACCAUAACUCUAUCCUUCUGAUUCCUGCUUAUAAGAAAAAACUAAAGCAGGAAGCACCAGUGACUCGGUUAAUAAAAAAGUGGUCAGAUGACGCAGAUGCUAAGCUACAGGACUGUUUUGAUAGCACAGACUGGAAUAUGUUCCGGGAUUCUUCAGAUAGCAUUGAGGAGUACACCAUAUCAGUCACUGGCUUCAUCAAUAAGUGCAUCGAUGACGUCGUCCCCACAGUGACCGUACGUACAUACCCCAACCAGAAGCCAUGGAUUACAGGCAACAUCCGCACUGAGCUAAAGGGUAGAGCUGCCGCUUUCAAGGAGCGGGACCCUAACCCGGACGCUUAUAAGAAAUCCCGCUAUGCCCUCCGACGAACCAUCAAACAGGCAAAGAGUCAAUACCAGACUAAGAUUGAAUCGUACUACGCAGGGCUUGAAAACUAUUACAGACUACAAAGGGAAGCACAGCCACGAGCUGCCCAGUGACACAAGCCUACCAGACGAGCUAAAUCACUUCUAUGCUCGCUUCGAGGCAAGCAACACUGAAGCAUGCAUGAGAGCACCAGCUGUUGCGGAUGACUAUGUGAUCACGCUCUCCGUAGCCGAUGUGAGGAAGACUUUUAAGCAGGUCAACAUUCACAAGGCUGCAGGGCCAGACAGAUUACCAGGACGUGUACUCCUAGCAUGUGCUGACCAACUGGCAAGUGUCUUCACUGACAUUUUCAACAUGUCCCUGACUGAGUCUGUAAUACCAACAUGUUUCAAGCAGACCACCAUAGUCCCUGUGCCCAAGGACACUAAGAUAACCUGCCUAAAUGACUAUCGACCCGUAGCACUCACAUCUGUAGCCAUGAAGUGCUUUGAAAGGCUGGUCGUGGCUCACAUCAACACCAUUAUCCCAGAAACCCUAGACCCACUCCAAUUUGCAUACCGCCCUAACAGAUCCAAAGAUGAUGCAAUCUCUAUUGCACUCCACACUGCCCUUUCCCACCUGGACAAGAGGAAUACCUACGUGAGAAUGCUAUUCAUUGACUACAGCUCAGCGUUCAACACCAUAGUGCCCUCAAAGCUCAUCAAUAAGCUAAGGAUCCUGGAACUAAACACCUCCCUCUGCAACUGGAUCCUGGACUUCCUGACGGGCCGCCCCCAGGUGGUAAGGGUAGGUAACAACACAUCUGCCACGCUGAUCCUCAACACACGUGGGCCCCUCAGGGGUGCGUGCUCAGUCUCCUUCUGUACUCCCUGUUCACCCAUGACUGCAUGGCCAGGCACGACUCCAACACCAUCAUUAAGUUUGCUGACGACACAACAGUGUUUAUUAUUUAUGCAUAGUCACAUAUUACCUCAAUUACCUAGACUAGCCGGUACCCCCCUGUAUAUAACCUCCCUAUUGUUAUUUUACUGCUGCUCUUUAGUUAUUUGCUUUUAUUCUUUUAGAAAAUGCAUUGUUGGUUAAUGGCUUGUAAGUAAGCAUUUCACUGUAAUGUCUACACCUGUUGUAUUCGGUGCAUGUGGCAAAUAAAAUUUGAUUUGAUCAUGUUAUGGGUAUGCUUGUAAUCAUUAAGUUCUGGGGAGUUUUUCAGGAUAGAAAAGAAACGGAAUGGAGCUAAGCACAGGCAAUAUCUUAGAGGAAAACCUGGUUCAGUCUGCUUUCCACCAGACACUGACACUGGGAGAUGAAUUCACCUUUCAUCAGGACAAUAAUCUAAAACACAAGGCCAAAUCUACACUGGAGUUACUUCCCAAGAAGACAGUGAAUGUUCCUCAGUGGCGAGUUAUAGUUUUCACUUAAAUCUGCUUGAAAAUCUAUGGCAAGACCUGAAAAUGGUUGUCUAGCAAUGAUCAACAACCAAUUUGACAGAGCUUGAAGAAUUUUGAAAAUAAUAAUGGGCAAAUGUUGCACAAUCCAGGUGUGGAAAGCUCUUAGAGAUUUACCCAGAAAGACUCACAACUGUAAUCGCUCCCAAAGUGAUUCUAACAUCUAUUGACUCAGGAGGUUGAAUACUUAUCUAAUCAAGAUAUAUUAGUGCUUUAUUUUUCAUAAAUGUUUUACAAAUGUUAGAAUUGUCCUUCCACUUUGAUAUUACAGUGUAUUUUGUGUAGAUCGUUGACAAAAAAUGACAAUUCAAUCCAUUUUAAUCCCAUUUUGUAACAACAAAAUGUGGAAAAAGUCAAGCAGUGUGAAUACUUUCUGAAGGCACUGUAAUCUGAAACACAACCAAAACAAACUGCAAAUGCAGACUAACAAGUUCAUUGCGUGCUAGGAAUAUGGCACAAAAUACUAAACUUUUGACUACUUUAAUACACACACAAGUGAAUUUGUCCAAAUACUUAUGACACCUUCAAAUGGGGGGACUUUCGUUUCUAAACGGUACAACAGAUACUUAUGAAAAUAACCUCAAAUAAAAGGUGACAUUCUGUACUGUCGCCUCAUAUGAAACGUUUGAUCUCAAAAUGCUGGAGUAUAGAGCCAAAUUAAACGUAUUAGCUUCACCACCCAAAUAAAUACAUAGGGGAGUGUAUAUGCCUAACUUUAGACUGCUGAGCCACUCAGUCAUCUGAGGCACUGCAUCGCAGUGCUAGAGGCAUCACUACAGACCCGGGUCCGAUCCCGGGCUGUAUCACAACCGGCCGUGAUCGGGAGUCCCAUAGGGCGGCGCACAAUUGGCCCAGCGUCGUUCGGGUUGGCCCAUCAUUGUAAAUAAGAAUUUGUUCUUAACUGACUUGCCUAGUAAAAUAAAAAAUAUAUAACUUUGCCUUAGCAUUGAUUAUGUUAUUAUUAUCCUUGAAAUUGAAUACCCAAAUUCCAGUGUAAUUCCAAUGUAAUGUGAUUUGUAAAGAAUGGUAUAUGAACUGCCCUAAUGUGCAAUUAUGUGUUGUUGAUAAAGGCAUUGUCAUCUGUGGCUAUUCUUGUUUCCAGUCCUCCCCCCUCUCAUUAUGUGGUUUACCUCUUUCUUCUCCUACUCCAGAUGCUCUCGUCUCCCUCACCGUCGUCAUCAGGUCAACUGUCCCAGCUUGGUGCCAGUUUAUACGGCCCACAGAGUAAGCUGGCUGCAUCUGUUUUCAGGGUCUUUCCUACUAAGGCCAUAAUACAUUUAUGUCUAAAACAAUUCGGUAGUCAAGUCAUACCUGGAGCUAUUUGAUCAAUUAAAAUAAUGACCGUAUAUACUUGAUAAAUAUACCCAAUUCUAAACAGACUUCAACACUAUUCCCUUAGGCACUUCUUGUUGAUCUCAAAAGAUUGCUAUAAGAGAUAUCCAAUCUCAUGGUCACUUUGGAAGAGUGUUUACUGUUUCUAUUUCUCGUGUUGCAGGUGCACUAGGCUUCUCGAUAAGGGGCAUGGGCAACAACACUCAGUUAAACCGCAGCUUAACGCAAGGCACCCAGCUACCGAGCCAUAUCACCCCCACCACGGGGGUGCCCACCUUGUCCCUCCAUACCCCACCUUCGCCAAGCAGGUGUGUGGAAGAGAUGAGACGUGAGACAGAAAUGCUGGCGAGAGAGAUAGCUUUGGCAAUGUAAACAAAUGUUUCCCAUGCCAAUAAAACCCAUUGAAUUGAAUUGAGAUAUUCUGGAGACAGACAUAUAACACAUAAGCCAGUGUGUUUGAAUGCCAAUAAUUAGUUAGCCAGUCAGUUCAGUUCAGUGGUUCCAGAGCAGGACAGGACAUUAUUAGUAAAAUCAUCAUCUGGCUUCAUAUCAAUCUCCAACCCAUUAUGUGUCCUCGACAGGGGGAUCCUGCCGAUGAACUCGAGGAACAUGCUAAACCACUCCCAGGUGGGCCAGGGCAUCGGGAUGGGCAGCAGCAGGACCAACAGCAUGGGCAGCCCCAACCGCAGCUCCCCCAGCAUCAUCUGUAUGCCCAAACAGCAGCCUGCACGGCAGCCCUUCACCAUCAACAGGUACACAGUCACACGGUCUGGCUGGCCAUACAAUUGAAAGAUCUGCUGUUCUCAACUCUCUGUAUAAAUCAAUAGUUUUUUGUGAUGAUUGGAAAUAGAUAUUAAGUGCUCCAGUUGGAGGCUAAAGUUGUCCUCUGUAUUUCUGUAGCAUGUCAGGAUUCGGAAUGAACCGAAACCAGGCGUUUGGGAUGAACAACUCGUUAUCAAGCAACAUCUUUAAUGGCACAGGUUAGUAGUGUGUCUCUUCAUAAUAACCAACUAUCUGAUGCUCAGUCUGGCCAUUGAUUGAAACAUCACACUCAGGCCGGUUUUACCUGUAUGUUUUCUGGCAAGUUUUUAUAACGUCCACUUACCUAUCCAUUCACACAAUCAAUAAGACACACAGUCAGCAUGAAUAGUAACAUACAUUUACCUACCCAUAUGGCUUUCUUACAAGUCUUUAACCCUCCCCCUCACAGACGGCAGUGAAAACGUGACGGGGCUAGACCUGUCCGACUUCCCUGCGUUAGCAGACAGGAGUCGGAGGGAAGGAAGCGGAAACCCAACGCCGCUACUCAACCCACUAGCUGGAAGGGCCCCCUAUGGUAAGAACUCUUUAUAGUGCACUAGCAAGGAUUUAUAAUUGUGGACUAAACUAGGAGGGCUACCUAUAGUAAGGGCUCAACGUAGUGCACUAGAAAGAAGGGCUCCCUGUAAGAAGUGUUCAUUGUAAUGCACUAGGCUUGGAUGCUAAGGGCACUUGGCAGUGCACGUGUAAAAGCAUCAGACACAUCACAUUACUGUGGGCCAGUCAGUACUGCUAGACACAUUCUCAUUGUAAAUACUCAGUUCACUUGUCUCUCUUCAAAUAUAAACUGUGGCGAGUCAUGUGAUGAAGAAAGGGAAAAGGCCUUCUCCAAUGGUGUGUGUGUAUAUAACCCAAGGCUAAACUUCUUUCUCAUUGUGGUGAUUUAUUUAAGAAGCCUCUUCUCUUCAUCUCAUGACCUCAUCAGUUGGCAUGGUGACGAAGCCAUCAAAUGAGCCGACGCAGGAUUUCUCCAUCCACAACGAGGACUUCCCUGCACUGCCUGGUCCCAACUACAAGGACCCUACUUUGAGCAACGACGACAGCAAGACAGUGAGUCACACAGACAGACUUCCUUUAGCCUGUCUGUUUUCCUUGGUCGUUGUCAUGCCAAACAUGGAUAAAGCAGAAACGGACAGGCAACCAGGCAAGGCCUCCUUAUGUUGAGCAGCAACAGCUUUUAUUUAUUUUUAUUUAACCUUUAUUUAACUAGGCAAGUCUACUGCAUAUUCAAGUGUUUCACCUUAUAGUUAGAAGAGCGGACAUCUUAUAUUAAAAGCAAUGUUCCAUGAUGUCAUGUGGGUUAUAGAUGUAAUAAAAAUAAGAUAAUUAUUAAUUAAUUAGUUUUUUGCUUUGUUCAGAACCUAAACUCUACAGGCAAGAGCACGUCCAGUGCAGACGGGCCUAAGUUCCCCGGAGACAAGACGACCUCGGCACAGAACAACAACCAGAAAAAAGGGAUCCAGGUGUUACCUGACGGUGAGCCCUCUCAACCAAUCACACCUCUCGGUCUCGACCUGGGUGGGUUUUGAGAUGGUUCCUGCAUGACUGUUGGCCAGUGGUGUUGUCCAAACUUUACACUAGCUGGAGGGAAAGCUCUACUUGGUUAUUAUUAUUUUCCCUAAGUGUGGCUUUUCCUACCUCUGUAGGGCGGGUGACGAACAUUCCCGGGGGAAUGGUGACGGACCAGUUUGGGAUGAUCGGCUUGCUGACAUUUAUUCGAGCGGCGGAGACGGACCCGGGCAUGGUGCACCUGGCACUGGGGAGUGACCUCACAACACUGGGACUCAACCUCAACUCUCCAGAGUAAGAUGUCUGCUCUGUCUCAACGUUAGGUUGAAGGGAUACAUAACUCAAAAAUCUACGUUUUGUCGGAUGUUCUUAUUCAUCAAAAGUGGUAUUAAGUUAAGUCCAUGUUGAGAGUAACAUGUCCUCUCCUCUCCUGACAGAAACCUGUACCCCAAGUUUGCUUCCCCCUGGGCAUCAGCACCGUGUCGACCUCAAGACAUUGGUAAGACAUUAUCCUGACCACACACGCACACUGAAACACACCAAGAUGCACGCCAAGACACAUACACCAGGAUAGUCCACUCAGUUGCCACAACUGCCACUGUUUUCCACCAAAACGCACACACCCGCACCCCGCACUGAGCCUGUUGGUGACCCUGGUGCAACCUCUCUUUCAGACUUCCACGUCCCGUCUGAGUACUUAACCAACAUUCACAUACGGGACAAGGUAGGUGAUGAAUCAGUAAUCUAACCAGUUUGUGUAACACCCCCUUUCAUGUGGUAUUGAGCUUAUGCUCUUGAAGAAAACACAAUGUCAUCAUUAGAUAAACAAAUGAUGGUGUUGAUAAAGACGUCUCUCCUCCUCAGCUGGCAGCUAUAAAGCUGGCUCGUUACGGUGAAGACCUGCUGUUCUAUCUGUACUACAUGAAUGGAGGAGACCUGUUACAGCUCCUGGCAGCAGUAGAGCUGUAAGUAGCACAUCCAAACUACUACUGACGGCAUUGAACUUACUUUGUAGUAUAGAGUGCCUUGCUCAGAGAAGUGUCUUUUAUUUAGAUAUGAUCCAUGGUCGGACUCCUCCCAAAAGUGAUUUUAGAGAUAUAUUACCUCACCGUAACUCCCAGCAUCACUUUUUGGUUUUCUUUCAAUAGUUGUCCAAAGUUCCACAGUUCUUUCCAUAGGUUGUUAUCAAUAAGCGAUUUGUGCGUCUUUUCUUUAGUGACUUCACUGUGCAGUAAUGGGAUUUCUCUCUCUCCUGUCUGUGCCUGGUGUUGGUGCAGCUUCAACCGGGACUGGCGGUACCACAAGGAGGAGCGGGUGUGGAUCACGCGGGCGCCAGGCAUGGAGCCCACACUAAAGACCAACACCUACGAGAGGGGGACCUACUACUUCUUUGAUUGUCUUAACUGGAGGAAGGUAGCCAAGGUAAAGGUGUUGGCUUUAGUAUAUGCUAUCCUCAAUCAAUACACUUAACAUUAAAGGGAUCGUUCAGGAUUUUGGCAGUCUACUUCCCCAGACUCCGAUUAACUCUAGUAUACAAUGUUUAUGUCUCUGCGUCCAGUAUGAAGGAAGUUAGAUGUAGUUUCGUGAGCCAAUGCUAACUAGAGUUAGUGCAAUGCUAACUAGAGUUAGCAUGCUAGCUGUUCUCAUAGACGUCCAGUCAUUGUGCUAACACUAGUUAGAAAUUGCGCUAACGCUAGUUAGCAACUUCCUUCAAACUGCACGCAGUGACAUAAAAAUGGUAUCCUCGAGUUCUUCUGACUCUGGGUAAGUAGAUAAAGGGCUUCAUUGCCAAAAUCCCAAACUAUCCCUUUAAGAGAAAGCUUUAUGUGUGUGCCUUUUAGAUUUAGAUGUAUGCCUUGAGUUGUGAAUCUCCUUAGAUGGAGUUACGUUGGUUCUGACCCUCAAGAAAGGCUUGUAAAAAGGCUCAAGAUAGGCCUUCUGUAUCUCUCGGUUACUGGUGAUGUCACACUGAGUUUUCAGUUCUUGAUGAUCAGUAGUCUCACUCGGGCCAUAUAAACUCAGCAGGAAUCUUCCAUUUCCAUUGCUGAUUGUGUGUUCUCAAUCCCUUCAGGAGUUCCACCUGGAGUACGACAAGCUAGAAGAGAGGCCCCACGUCCCGUCUACCUUCAACUACAACCCAGCCCAGCAGGCCUUCUGAGGCCCAGUACAGUACAGUCCCAGGGGAACUGCUUUCCCUGCACACCUCCCUCCCAGCCUGAGGAGGGUGCUGUGGCCCAGGCAUCCAUCCUGGUUUUUAUUCCUUGAGGAUCUGGUUAAAAUGACUGCAGAGGAGGCGCUCACCACUGUAUAAGGGUGGGGAAAACUGAGCCCUGCCUUUCCCAAAUGAUGUGCUGCCCAAACACCUAUAUCUGUUCUGUUUUUAUUCCUUUAGUUUCCUCGUUUUUGGAGGGGGUUGAGCAGGGUCUGUGUUUUGUUUACCUCUGAAUAAGAAGACUG